AUGUCAGUGGAAAAACUGUUAGAUUAUUUGGAACCAAAAGCUUUCGGCAAAGUUCACUAUGUUGUAGUGGUUUUUUGGAUCGUAAUUGGUGUCAUCUUCCUUGUUAUAUUCGCCGACAUGGAAAACAGCGAACCCAGGCUUGAUUUCCACUGUGGUGGAGCGAAAAGUGAACACAUCAACCUCGUCCGGGGAAAAUGUUACGAUAAAUACCAGGAGCAGUACAACAAAUUCGCUUUGCCUGUCUAUGGCUUCGUAAUCAUGAAUUUCGCCCUUAUUAUAUUUGUAUGUGUUAUCUACUCCCAAAUAGUAAAACCAACAGUCAAUCGACUAUCGCAAAGCAUUCGUAACCAUCCAGAGGGACAGUCGCGCAACCAAGAGAACGCAUUAUCAACGGGAUACAAGCUUUUUAUUGCUUAUUGCUGUCAACUAUCCACAAGACUUGUUUUAGGAGUUGUUUUCAUCAUCCUACAAACUCAGUUGCUUUAUCCUUUAAAGUUUUCUUCUAAGUUUCACUGUUAUUUAACCGAUGGAACCACUCAGCCGAGGAAUUCAUCUGACAACGCCCAACACUCUACUUUACACGACUGUCACAAUCAACGAGCGGUAAAGAAAACCUCCUGGAUGGAUGCUGUCCUUGUAGUGAAUGGAAUUUUUGUCGUUGCCAUUCUGAUUGAAAUCGUCUACAUUUUUUUAAGGGCAUGCAAAGAAAGGGAUUUCAUGCAAAACUCAAAGUUCCAAGCAUCUCAUCUAAAUCCUCCGGAAGAAUCUCAGCAGCAAGAAGAAAGAAUACAACUUGUAAUAAACAUCACACAUGAACCUGUGCAGCAAGAAGAAAGAACACAACUUGUAACAACCAUCGCACAUGAGCCUCAGCAGCAAGAAGAAAUAACACAACUUGUAACAAACAUCGCACAUGAACCUCAGCUGCAAGAAGAAAUAACACAACGUGUAACAACCAUCGCACAUGAACCUCAGCAGCUAGAAGAAAGAAGAGAACAUGGAACAAACAUCCCACAAGAAGUUCACCAGGUAGAAGAAAGUAAAGACGAUGAUACGAACAUCCCACAUCUGCCAAGCGGGCCUGAACAAAUCGUAAAAUCACCGCUUCAGGAAUUCAUCCGCAAUACAAAGAAAAUGAUUAUAGACGACACUUAUCAACCUCCACAACUCCGGUCGCUUUUUCCAAGUCCUCCUGGCAAAGGACACCCACCUAAACACUUGACUCUGGAUCAAAUUUACACAAACCUUGUUGUUGUACCUGACAUGGCUGAAUAUGACUUUACUGAAGACAGACGGAAUAACUUGCAAAUCUACGCCAGGUCGGGUGAGAAAAACGAAACACCGAGAGGGCCAGAGGACAUUCUUAAUCACGAAAACAAAAACAUUUUGAUCGUCGGUCGUCCCGGAAUCGGAAAGACUCUUAGUUGUACAAAAAUUCUCAGAGACUGGGCGUCUAACAAAGUAUUCCAUAAAACACCCGAUGACAAAAUCCACUGUGAUGUUGCUUUUUUCGUCAAAUUCAGAUUAUUCAACGCUGCAACCGACCUUAGUCUUAGGGAGCUAAUGACCCGCUCCACAUACUCACCCAGGGAUGAGCUAGAUGAGCAAGUCUGGAAUUACAUCCUAGAAAACCCGCAGAAAGUUCUCCUUAUUUUCGAUGGACUUGAUGAAUUUAAAUUUAACUCAGAAAUCAGCAAGAAAGAUAAUGAACCUCAAUUCAGAAACAAAGUAGACGAGAAGAUGCCCCUCUCCGCGCUUUAUGCCAAACUUACGACUGGAAAACUUCUUAAUGGAGCAGCCGUUAUAACUACUACAAGACCUACAGCUCUUUCAUGCAUCGAAAGUAUUCCUUUUCACAAAAUCUUCGAGAUCCUUGGCUUCUCAUCCGAACAAGUCGAAGAAUACGUAACCAAAUUUGCAGAAGAAGACAAGGAAGCAGGCGACACAGUAAAGCGUCACAUCACCAGCAACAUCAAUAUCUUAUCUCUUUGUUACAUUCCUGCGAGUUGCUUCAUCAUUUGCUCAAGUCUUUUUAAGAUGGUAAAGUUCCAUGCUUCUAAAGGUCUCAACCUACCAACAAGUUUAACAGACAUAUACGAGAAAGCUGUAAAAAUUUUCUACUUGAGACACACCGAAGAAUUUCGCGAUAAACAUUUCACUCGCAAAGACUUUGAAUCAAAUGAUUUGCCCCGCGAAGAAGAAAAGAAAUUGGAGAAACUAGAAAAAUUGGCAUUUGAAGGAAUUAAAGAAGGAAGGCUGAUCUUUGGAGCAAACGAAGUACGCGGAAUGGAAGACAGCGCUCUAUUUCACCGCUUACCCGACCGUGAAGUUGACUCGUUUAGUAGCGAAGGACAGUUCUGUUUUAUUCAUCUUACAAUGCAGGAGUUUUUCGCUGCAAAGCACCUGACAAACAACAUGAGUGAAACAGAAUUAAGAAACUUUGUUCAGAUGAACAUCAAAGAAGGCAAAUGGCAGCUGGUUUUUCAGUUUGUAGCAGGAUUAAUGAAGAAUAAAAAAAACCUACCACGCGAAAUUAUCACAGACCUUCUUCCUGUGAAAACCGAAGAAAAAGAAGACGCAUACCAUAACGUACAGUGCACAGAGAAUAAAAAGGAAACGAAAGUGACCUGCUGGCCGACUAGAGACAAACGAGAUUUAGCAGUGACAUUGAUUAAAUGUUUCAACGAAAACAGUAGAAUGAAGUCAGAAGCACAGAGAAAACUUCAACAAAUUAACUUUAAUUAUGUAAAUAUUACUCGUUGUCACCUCACAGCUGUUGAUUGCUCUUCGCUAGUAAAUGUAAUUAAUCUUCAACAAAUUUCACAUUUAGAUUUGACUAGCGAUAACAUUGGUCCAUUAGGUUGUUUGGAGAUUUGUAAAUUGUUAAAAUGUAGGGAAUCUCAACUGAGCUGGUUAAACCUCACAUGGAAUCAACUGACAGAUGAAGCAGCAAAGUACUUAGCUGAAGCCAUCAACAACAACAACUGUCAGCUACGCACGUUAGACCUCACAUCAAAUAACAUCUCAGACAUUGGAGCACAGCACUUGGCUGAAGCCAUCAACAACAACAACUGUCAGCUACGCACGUUAUACCUCACAUUAAAUAAAAUCUCAGACACUGGAGCACAGCACUUGGCUGAAGCCAUCAACAACAACAACAACUGUCAGCUACGCACGUUAUACCUCUCAUACAAUAACAUCACAGAAGCCGGUGAGCAAAAGGCACAUAAUUUACUAAGCAAUAUUCAGUCUAAGUGUAAGCUAUAUCUUUAG